AGAAAAUGGAAGGCUGUGCUAGCUAGCUGGCUAGCUGAGCGAAUCCAAUAAUAACUGGAAACAAAACGUUCAUAUGCAAGCUACCAACACAUGUCAAUAUGGAUCCAAUGGAAGAUAAUGACAUCAUCAAUGAUUAUAAUGAUGAAGAACAGCCAGAAGAGGCUGGUUCGAGUGUUAGGCCAACCAUGUCUCAGGUUAAAAAGUCCUGGGGCUUCAGACGGACAACAAUCGCCAAAAGAGAGUUCUUGGAUGAAGUUGGAGACCUAACAAGCAAUCCUCAACCCGUACGCAGAGCCAGAGGUCGUAGAGCCAACCCAACACCCCAGCCCUCUCCAGAAACCCAGAGAGUUUCCCGUGGAACCAGGAGUGUAAUAGAUGAUCUCGAGUGGUCUGCCCCAUCGUCACCAGUAUCAGAGGAGAGCAAGCCCGCCUCCGCAGCCUCAGCAGGAGGGAGCCUUGACCCCAGCUCGUGGCAAGAUUGCGGGUCUGCCUUCCACACUGCUUUCUCACUGCUUGGUGGAGGUGAGGGUUUGGCACUGGACAUGUCAGACACACUGGCAAUCCCUGACAUUUUGGAAGUCACUGACUCCCUUGAAGCCUCGCCACCCCAACUCAUAGAAGAAACGGAGGUGCCUGAUGAUAAUGAAUCUGCUGAUGAGAUGGAAAUCUCGCAGCCUGUUGCACCUGACAAUGUGGCAGGAGGAGAAAAUGAUGACGUUGUUCUGAUAUCUAGUCAGGAAGAGGACAGUGAUGAUAUGUCUCUGAUGCAGAUGAAGGAGCAGAUAGCUUCAAAAGGCAGACAGGGAGACACAAGAGGUAGAGGGGGGAGAGGUGGAAGAGGAAAGGCCAGAGGAAGGGGGAGAGGCAGAGGAAGAGGUAGGGGAAGAGGCAGAGGACGGGGCAGAGGGAGAAGCAAGGCAGUGGCGCUUCAAUCAAGGAUUAUUGAUGAAGAGGACAACCACAAUGAGCUGGUGGUAGUUAACCCCGCUGAUCAGAUGCUGCAGCAAUUUCAAGACGAAGACAAAGAAAAUGAUCCACAAGAUCCUGCUGAAAUAGUGAUAUCCCCUGCUAACUCUGACAUCACUCUGAGUCCCACUCAGCAAUCUAGCUCAGACUACAUAAUCAUAGACACUGAUUUAGACCACAUUACUGAUAUGACUUCUGGCCAGUACGCUGAUGCCCCAGAAGAGGAGGAGAUGGAGGAGAAGAAAGAAUAUACUGACGUAGAAGAGUUUCCACGAAUAUUAGAUACAGACGGCUCUGAUUCCAAUGCUCUGUACUGCAUCUGUCGGCAGAAGCAAGAUAAAAGGUUCAUGAUCUGCUGUGACAUUUGCCAGGAUUGGUUUCAUGGCGACUGUGUUGGUAUCAGUGCAACACAGGGUCGUAAGAUGGAGAAGAAAGGGCAAGAGUACGUGUGCCCCCCUUGUACUACAAGGAAGCAGAUCCAACUCCAACCAGAGCCUCAGCCAGAGCCUGAGCUUAGCUUUCCCGAAUGCUUGACGCUAAGUCCACCCAGUGAAGAACAGGAGCAGCACCAGGAGCAGAAAGAUCUCAAGGAGACUUUGUCUGCGGUUGAGGAGGAGGAGCAGCAGCAGCAGCAGCAGCAGCAGCAGCAGCAGCAGCAGCAGGAGAAGGAGAAGGAGAAGGAGGAGAAGGCUCCUGUGAUGAUGUCAAAGCUUGAGCCCGAUGCUGAGAUGGAGACAGGCAGCUCUCUUCCUCUGUGCAUUGGACCCGAAUGCUCCAAACAAGCCCUACAAGACUCUGUUUACUGUGGCACUGACUGCAUCCUGCAGCAUGCCGCCUUCACUAUGAAGACUCUUUCUGUUCCUAAAGUGCCCAAGCCCAGAGGACGGCCUCAGAGAAAAGCUGCCACUGCCAAACCCAACCCAACGGGUCAGAGGUUGGGUCGGAUGUCAAAGAGAUUAGAAGUAAAUGCUGAGGAACGUGAAGAGGAGGAUGUGAAGGAAGAUGAUGGAGGGCAGGAGGAGGCUGUGUCUCACUUAGCCUGCGACCCCAGUCUCACAGAAGUUCAGACCACUUCCAUACCAUCGUCUAAGUUUUACACAGCGUCUAUAAAGGACAAUGAACAGGUAGAGGCAGACAGUGAGGUUGCAACUUCUACCAAACCACCUGCAGAUGAGACCUCGACUGAUGUUGCCCCCUCUUCCCAGCCUGCCGCUGAGACACCAUCGACACAGAGCCACUCUGAAGAACAGACAAAGCAGCCAACCAACAGUGCAGUGCCUCAGCAGCAAUCUGCAUAUUCAGAUCCCUCUAUACCACCAAACCCAACAAAAACGAGUGUACCUCCUGCCCCACAAUCCCCCUCCACCUCAGCUCCCAGACAUCAUGAAACAGGGGCUCUUAUGGUCACUAAGACCGCGUACGUCAUACCAAAGAAGCACCCUGCCCCCCAGGCUCCACCCAGCCACCUGUCAGCCUCGACGUCGGGCCAAAAGCCUUCUUCUGCCCCAACGCUGAUGAACGAAACCAGAAAUCUGCUGGUGCCCCCUGCACCCAGUGCUCCCUCCUCCAGACCCUCCCAGCCCAAUACCCAAGUCAGACAGAGCAUCCAGCGCUCCCUCAUCAGCAUCCUGUUCAAAAGGGUGUGCGAUUGUGAGGACUUGGAGAUGUCCGAGAGUGACAUAGCAAAGCUUGUCUCAAGCAUUGAGACGGAGAUGUUCGACAUAUUUCGCAACACAGACAGCAAAUACAUGAACAAGUACAGAACUAUUAUGUUCAACCUGAAAGACCCAAAAAACAAGGGCUUGUUGUAUCGUGUCGUACGUGGAGAGAUCAGUCCCUUCAGACUGGCCAGAAUGAGCCAGAAGGAUAUGCAGGCUACCAAAGCAUCAGAGCCAAGUGCAAAAGAAACUACAGAGGUUAAGAAUGCAGCUGCUAAAGCGACAAGUUUGCCGCAAAAGCCUGAGGCAGUGAAGGUGGAUUUGCCCAGUUUGAAUCCCACUAGACCUGCUAGAAGCACGUUUGCGUUCCAGGAACAAAAGAAAAACCUUCCUGCUCUUGCUCCCAAGACCAGAACAAGCCAGCCGAACCAGGGCAGUGCUGUACCAGAUAUUCUCUCCUGCAUGCUGAAGGACACAACAUCAGAGCACAAAGCUCAUCUCUUUGACCUGAAAUGCAAAAUAUGCACAGGUCAAAUGUUCGUUGGGGAAGACGAGGAACCGGCAAAGAAAAAACCCAAGAUUUCUGAGACAAGAGAUAAAUAUGAACGCUCUUGGAGAAAGUGUGCCGGAGAUGACUCUCCUCUGAGGGCCCCACCUGACUCACCUGACAUGGAUUCUCCAACAUCCCUUAUGGAUUAUUCACCCCGUCUUAUCAUUGACGCUCCAGCGCUGAUUAUCGUUGAAUCCCCAGCGUCCCCUAUAAUGGACUCUCCAGCCUCCCCUGUCAUGGAAUCCCCUGCUUCCCCAACUCCAGACACUCCUAAAACUACCACACAACAGAGAUCCUACACACCAGUUGUGAUCCCAGCAGUCUCUACAGUUACUAUCACAAGGCGUGACCCCCGCACUGCCGCAAACAGGUCUUCUUCGUCUAGAGGCACAUCCAGUCCAAGUAACACAACCAAUAACCAAUCAGCAUCUUAUUCUAUUCGUCAAGAGACUACCUCUGCGUCGCCCUCAGCACCAACGCACUUGGGACCACCAACAAAACCAUUACCCAAGUCGAUCUUAAUGAAGCCAUCAUCCUCUGCUGAUCCCAGACUCUAUGGGACAUCCUCAAGGACUGUGAUCUCUGAAUCCCCAGCUGAUGGUGAAACUUCCCAGUUCUUGGCUAAGCAUGAGAUAGUGUGGAAAGGCUUCCUAAACAUGCUCUCUGUGGCCAAGUUUGUCACCAAAGGAUAUAUGGUUUCAGGAACGGCUGAAAAUCUCAAAGCGGAUCUACCUGAUACCAUACAAAUAGCAGGACGAAUCCUGCCUCAAACAGUGUGGGACUAUGUUGCAAAACUAAAGACCUCUGUUACAAAGGAGUUAUGUGUGAUCCGGUUUCACCCUGCAACCGAGGAGGAAGAGGUGGCCUAUGUCUCCCUAUUUUCCUACUUCAACAGCAGAGGUCGUUAUGGUGUGGUCGCCAAUGGCAGCCGUUCCAUCAAAGAUAUAUACCUUGUCCCACUAAGUGCAAAGGAAUCAAUCCCAACCAUACUCCAACCUCUUGACGGACCAGGUUUUGAAAAAAACCGGCCAAAUCUUCUUCUGGGUCUGGCUGUCAUCCAAAAGACAAAACGUCCAGGAAGCUUGCCUCAGGAAAUUGAAGAGAAGAGACCCAAAGUGAAUAUGUCCAAAGACCCUAUGUGGAUCCCAAAACCCCCAGUCCUCUAUGGUUCUGACAAAUUGGAAAUAUUUCAACCCUACGAUCCUGAGACUCCUGCUAACACCUCCCCUCCUGGCUCACCACUUUGCCCUGGGUCACCAUCAGACUCGUCCUCUUCUGGGUCAGUUGCCCUACCAUCUUGUUAUAAUUCUUUUAGAACAAACCCUCCUUUCUCUACCUCAGCUGCAGUUGCUGCCACCCAGUCCACCUCUGAGAGCGACAAAAAUGCCACAGCAGCAUCCAGUAAUAAGUCACCACUGCAGACCAUCUUGAAAAGUUUGUUUGGCAAUAAGCAAACUGACUCCGUUGUCUCUUCUGACGUACAAUCUUCAACUGCAACAGUUCAUGUUAAGAAGGUCCCAGUGUUUUCUAAGGUGUCUCGAUCAAUGGUGGAUCCAAUUGUCCAACAAUAUGGACAGAAAUCAAAAGUAAAAAAAAUAGAAGAAGAAGACGAAAAUGACUUUGACCGACCAUAUGACCCAGAAGAGGAGUAUGAUUCAGCAAUGGGAUAUGGAAUGGUUGCUCCUCAGAACAUUGAGAAAAUGAAGGCAGAGGGUCCUGCAGUAUCAGGCUGUGUAGACGAUGAUGUGGCCUAUGAUCCAGAAGACGACACUAUCUUUGCAGAUAUGCAAAGGGAUAUUGCUGUGACAAAGCCCCCUGCUCAAACUCAAACGUCAGGUACUCCAUCAUGCCAAACCCCAAUAUCCACCCAGAUUAAAACACCAACUCCCAACUCCACUGCCGUGCAAUCCUCUACCCAAGCUGUAAUAAUGCAGAACAUUCCUACAGGCACUGUGGUUGUCUCAGCUGCAACACUAACUGAACAACAACGAAUGCUUGAGGAUCUCAAUAGGCAGAUUGAAGAGCAAAAACAGCAAUUGAAGGAGCAGGAAGAGGCCCUACGUCAACAGAGAGAGGCUGUUGGUAUCUUUAUGGCUCGCUUUUCUGUUUCUGAUUCCCUGAUGUCUCCCCCACAAAAAGCUUUGCCUCUCAGUCGACUGUCAGAAUCAACAGACAAGACCAGCAACCUUACAGAGACUGAGGACAGUUCAAAUGUAGAUUCACAAACUGUUAAACAAGACACAACUGCCACACCUAAUGUAGAAAAGGAUGCAGAAACAGUUACAGAGCAAGAUAAAACACAGGCUGAUGUUAAAGAAAGUGACAAAUAUUCCUCUGCGGGUGAGAUUGAAGACUCUGAUGUAGCUUAUGAUCCUGAAGAUGAAUCACUUUUUGAUGAAUUUCAAGAUGAUGUUUUUCAAGGAGGCAGUAUAAAGACCCGUGAUUUAUCUUUGUCGAGAACAGGGCAUAGUGCCUCUCGCAAGGGCAGUCCUCUGAGUUCACACCAUAGCAGAAAGAGAAAGUUAUCACCAAAGAGGCGGAGUCAUCAUGAAAGGAGCCGCCAUGGAAGUCCUUCUAAAAGAUCACAGCGACGUUCUCCUUCACAUUCCCGGAGACAUAGAGAAAAGGAUAGACACAGAAAAAGUGAAAGGGACAGGUCAAGGCAUAGAGCAAGAGACCAGUCUGACCGCCAAGGUCGCCAACGUAAAGAGCAUACCCCACGGCAGCAUUCUCAUGGGCGUAGAAGAUCCCCAUGUUCUCCUAGAAAAACAGAUUCUGGGUCCAUAUCGCCAAAAUGGAACAGAGAUCCUUCACCUCAAAUCCUUGAGAUAUCAAAGCCUUUAACUGUUCUGUGUAAUGCUCCAGACUCUUUAGACUCUGUUGAUGGAACAUUUUUAGAGAGUAACCAAUCAUCAUCCAGUUCAGUUACUAUUCAAAAUUACCCUCCUGUUGGACAUCAGCUAAAAAGUAAUCUUGUUAAGAGUGUUGAUGAAGGCUUUUCUCCCUCUUCACAUGAACUUCUUCACAAUUUCAAGCUUAAUACUUUAAAAGAUCCAAAGUCCCAAGAGCCUCAAAACACGUCUGUCAGUGGCGACACAGAUAGUGGUUCCUCUAACCAGGUGAAUAUACCCUCUCAACUUGAAACUCUGUUUAGCAAAUUUGAAAUUCCAGUUCCUCUACGUGAAACGGAUCCGCCCCUUAGAGAUUCUCCUCAGAGCCCUGAUCCAGAGCCACAGUUUGUAAAACCUAUUCGCACAGAAAAGAGGGGCCCUACAAUUGAGGAAAUCAGAGAUCCUCAGACCCUUACCAGUGUCUCAAUGCCACAUGAUAAAGUUGUUAGUAUUUGUUUGCCUAUUGGUGGUCAAGCAACAAUGUCCAAAAUACUGUGGCCAACCGGUCGAGGUGCCUUAGUUCUAGAGGGACAAAGGUUCAAAGAUGAUGUUAUAAAUGAGGCAGACAAACAGAUAGAAAUGGGACAUCCAGGCUUAAAACAUCCUAAAAUACUGGGUCAAGGGGAGGGGGAUUCAAUUCGAGCUAUAAGCUCAGAUAUUCAGGCCUCAGGAACUGAAAAAGAUCCUGUGACAAAACAGCCAGGACCUGGACAUAUUGAACCACAGAUAGAUCUUAGAGUAACAGAAACUGGAUUCCCAGGCCCCAAUAGGAGAGGCCCAGACAUGCAAGGAAAAGGUACCACCAUUUGGGGUCCUGGAUCACAUACACAAAACGUAUCUAGUAUGCAAGGCUUGAACCUAGAACUCACAGCUCCAGCUCCUGAUAUGAUGCACAGUGAAACAGAAGUGAGUGGACAAAUGCUUGUACCAGCUGUUAUAAAUUCAUGUGGGGAAGGAUCAGAUCUACAGAACAAGAGUAGAGAUCUAGUCAUAAAGAGCCCUUCGUCACAUAGAACUGAAGCUGAUAUAAGGGGCACAAGAGAGCCUUUAUUUGCUCAUGAGAGGUGGGGUCCACAAAAAGGGCAAAAUGUACCCAUGAGAGGACCAGGGCCAAACAUUAAUUAUGAAAGUGGUGGUUCUAACAUACCCUUCUUUGGAGAAGACAGUGGGCCUAGAGAACCUUUUAAGAAGACAAGUCCCGGUAUGACAGCUGGAAAGAGUAUGCAUGGCACUGACAUGAAAGAAUCAGAAACUAUUUGUGAAUUAAGAAGGCCAAAUAUGACACAAAGAGGAAGUUACAUGGGGCCUAGUCAAGAUAUUGGUAGUAUGGGUGGCUCAGAUACAAGGGGCGAUGGCAUGCUUAACAUUAAAACUCCUGAUUGGAGUGGUCCAGGUCCCGUUGCUGAUCCCGAUAUAAGGGGUCAAACGAGUCAAAAUAUAGGUCUGGGUCUACAUAUGAGAGGUAUAGAUUGUGGUGACCCAGGAACAGUCAUACGAGAUGAUUGCAGAGGUACAGAUAUGAGAGGAUCAGGUCCACUCAGAGAAGGGCCAUUUAUACAAGAUGAAUGGAGAGUCCCUCCACCUAACAGUAGAGGUCCACACCUGGAGAACCAAGUACCUAACAGAAGAGGGGUUGGAGACCUAGACUUUAGAGGACCAGCGUCUGAAAUGAGCUGUGGACUGAUAGAGGACAUUAGGCCUGACAGGAAAAGAUCAGUGGGUCCCAAUUUCAUGGCACCAGGGGGUCCAGAAUUUGUGAGACCAGGACUUGAAAUGAAUGAUCAGGAUAGGAUGGGUCAUGGGCCUAACAGAAGAGGACCUGGAGGGCCAGAUGUUAGGGGACCAGGGCCUGUAAGCAGAGGCUUAUCUAUGGAAGGACCUGGGCCCGACAGGAGAGGACCUGGAGGGCCAGAUUUUAGGGGACCAGGACAUGAAAGGAGAGGUCCAGCUAUGGAGGGUCCUGGGCCUGACAGAAGAGGGCCCGGAGGUCCAGAUUUCCAAGGACCAGGAACUGAAAGAAGAGGUCCAGCUAUGGAGGGUCCUGGGCCUGACAGGAGAGAGCCCAGAGGUCUAGAUUACAGGGUGCCAGGGCCUGAGAGGAGUGGUCGAGCUUUUGACGGUCCUGGGCCUGACUGGAAAGGACCUGGAGGUCCAGAUUUCAGAGGAACAGGAGCUGAAAGGAGAGGUCCAGCUAUGGAGGGUCCUGGGCCCGACGGGAGAGGACCUGUAGGUCCAGAUUUCAUAGAUCUAGGAACUGGAAAAAAAAGUCCAGCUAUGGAUGCUCCUAGACCCGACAGGGGACCUGGAUGCCCAGAUUUCAGGGGGCCAAGGCCUGAAAGCAGAGGCUUUCCUAUGGAGGGUAAUGGGCCUGACAGGAGAGGACCUGGAGGUCCAGUUUUCAGAGGUCCAAGGCCUGAGAGAAGAAGUUUAUCUAUGGAGCGUUUUGGGCCUGACAGAAGAGGAACUAGUGGUCAAGAUUUCAGAGAGCCAGAACCUGAAAGAAGAGGUCCAGCUAUGGAGGGUCCUGGGCCUGACAUGAGAGUCCCCGGAGGUCCAGAUUUUAAAGGACCAGGGCCUGAAAUCAGAAGCUUAUCUAUGGAGGGGCCUGGGCGUGACAAGAGAGGACCUCAAGGUCCGAAUUUCCGGGUACCAUGGUCUGAAUGCAGAGACUUAUCUAUGGAGGGUCCUGGGCCUGACAGGAGAGGUACUAGAGGUCCAGGUUUCAGAGAACCAGGACCUGAGAGAAGAAGCUUAUCUAUGGAGGCUCCAGGACCUGGCAGAAGAGGACCAGGAGGUCCAGAUUUCAGUGGACCAGGAUCCAAUAUAAGAGGUCCUGGUAUCACUGGUUUAGGGCCUUACACAGGAGAACCAGAAGUUCCAGACUUUAGUGGUCCAGGCAUAGAAGGUCCAGGGCCUCGAGUUAGAGGACAGGAAGUAGUACCUGAUGGUCCACAUUUCAGAAGACCUGGGUCUGAAAGGAGAAGUUCAUCUUUGGAGCGACCUGGGCCUGACAUUAGAGGUCCUGGCAGUCCAGAUUUCAGAGAACCAGGACUUUUAACUAGAAAUCAAGCAAUGGAAGGUUCUGGGCCUGACAUGAGAGGACCUGGAGCUCCAAACAACAGGGGACGACAAGGUUUUGGUAUGGAGGGUCCAGAUUUCAACAGGACAAUGUCAGAUGGUCCAGACAUGAGGAAACCAGGGCAUUCAGAUCCAAACAAAGAAAGCCCAAGGCCUGAGAGGAGAGAAGGUCAACAUUUUAGAGGUCGUGGUCCAAAUAGAAGGCUUCCAGAGACAGAGGAAAACUCUGAGAGCAGGGACUUUCCAGGUGGCCAACACUUUAGGGCUCCUGAGCUAGAAAGAAGACCUUCAGACAUAGUGGGCCCAGGGUCUGAUAGAAGAAAUCCGUACUCAAGAGGGGGCCUGACAGACAAGUACCAGGAGAUUCAGGCUUCAAAGAGCCUGGACUUGAAACGAGGAGUCCAGAUUUUGAGGGCCAAGGACCAGAUUGGAGAAGACCAGGUAGUCAUGACUUUAGGGACCCAGGAAUCAGGCACAGAAGUCCAAAAAGAGAAGGUAUGA